AUGGCUUCAGCUCACGUAACAGCUCGUUCGAUCCUCUCGUCCUUCCUCCCGCGCUUGUCUGCACCAACAGCAUCAACGACCUCAAGGAAUACCGUCCUCUUCUCCCGACAGCUUUCCCUCCCAUUGCUUCCGAGAUUAGCAUUCGCCAUCCCUUCGGCGAUUCAACUCAAUGUCCCAGGAUUACUUGAAGGGAUCUGGGAGUCUAUUCUACGAGCUGUGCCAAAGAAGAAGACUUCGCAUAUGAAACAGAGGUCUCGACGGUUGGCAGGAAAGGGGUUGAAGGAUGUGACAUCUCUGAACAAGUGCUCUGCAUGUGGGAAUGUCAAGAGGGCGCAUUAUCUUUGUCCGUUUUGCGUCGCGGAAAUAAAGAACUUUAAGGAGCCGAAGAAGGUCCAGGCUAAGGAGCUGGCGGAGGCUGAGCUGAAGAAUGGGGCAUCUGAGGAGCCGGUAGAUGGAAAGGUGGAAGAUGAAAAGAAGGAAAAGAAGGAAAUGUAA